AUGACCAACUCCUCCUCCACUUCCACCUCCUCCACGACCGGGGGAUCGCUGUUACUGCUCUGCGAGGAAGAAGAGUCCUGGGCCGGUCGGCGGAUUCCGGUGUCUCUCCUGUAUUCGGGGCUGGCCAUAGGGGGCACGCUGGCCAACGGCAUGGUCAUCUAUCUCGUAUCGUCCUUCCGAAAGCUGCAGACCACCAGCAACGCCUUCAUCGUGAACGGCUGCGCCGCAGAUCUCAGCGUCUGCGCCCUCUGGAUGCCACAGGAGGCGGUGCUGGGGCUCCUGCCCGCCGGCUCCGCGGAACCCCCGGGGGUCUGGGACGGUGGCGGGGGCAGCUACCGCCUGCUCCGGGGAGGGCUGUUGGGCCUCGGGCUCACCGUGUCCCUCCUGUCCCACUGCCUCGUGGCGCUGAACCGCUACCUGCUCAUCACCAGGGCACCUGCUACCUACCAGGUGCUCUACCAGCGGCGCCACACGGCGGGCAUGCUGGCGCUGUCCUGGGCCCUGGCGUUGGGUCUGGUGCUGUUGCUCCCGCCCUGGGCGCCCAAGCCGGGAGCUGAGCCCCCGCAAGUCCAUUACCCCGCGCUCCUGGCGGCGGGAGCGCUGCUGGCACAGACGGCACUGCUGCUGCACUGCUACCUGGGCAUCGUGCGCCGUGUGCGCGUCAGCGUCAAGCGGGUCAGCGUGCUCAACUUCCACCUGCUGCACCAGCUGCCCGGCUGUGCCGCCGCCGCUGCCGCCUUCCCCGCCGCCCCACAUGCUCCGGGUCCGGGUGGCGCCGGGCACCCCGCCCAGCCCCAGCCCCUGCCGGCCGCGCUGCAGCCGCGUCGCGCGCAGCGACGUCUCAGCGGCCUGUCGGUGCUGUUGCUUUGCUGCGUCUUCUUGCUGGCCACGCAGCCGCUGGUGUGGGUGAGCCUGGCCAGCGGCUUCUCUCUGCCGGUGCCCUGGGGCGUGCAGGCGGCCAGCUGGCUCCUGUGCUGCGCCCUGUCGGCGCUCAACCCUCUGCUCUACACGUGGAGGAACGAGGAGUUCCGCAGAUCCGUGCGAUCGGUCCUGCCCGGCGUCGGGGAUGCGGCUGCAGCCGCCGCGGCCGCCACCGCGGUGCCAGCCAUGUCCCAGGCGCAGCUGGGCACCCGGGCGGCUGGCCAGCACUGGUAA